AUGAAGGCCUGUGACGGGAUGCCGUAAAAAGUCUUUGAGGAUUUAGUCAAGGCGGGAAAGCUGGUGCCGAAACCUGAUAGGCCUGCCAACCCGGUUCCGAUGGACUACGCUUGGGCUAAGGAACUCGGACUGGUACGACGCACAGCCGGCUUUACCUCGACCAUCUGCGAUGAUCGGGGUCAAGAACUGCUCUACGCUGGUAUGCCUGUAAGCCGUGUUCUCGAGGAGGGUCUGGGCAUCGGUGGAGUCCUGGGUCUUCUCUGGUUCAAACGCAGGUUGCCCUCCUUCGCAGCCCAGUUCCUUGAGCGCUGCAUCAUUAUAGUCGCUGAUCACGGACCUGCCGUCUCCGGAGCCCACAACACCAUCGUGGCGGCCCGCGCCAACAAGGACCUCGUCUCCUCACUCACCUCAGGCCUACUCACCAUCGGUGACCGUUUUGGUGGUGCCUUGGACGCCGCAGCUCGUGACUUCUCCACUGCCUUCGACAAGGGUCUCACUCCGACGCAAUUUGUGGAGUCUAUGAAGGCGGAGGGCCGUUUCAUCAUGGGUAUUGGUCACCGAGUCAAAUCGGUCAGUAAUCCGGACACACGGGUACGCCUUCUGGCCGACUUUGCUCACGCCAACUUCCCUGCAACGCCCCUGAUGGAUUACGCCUUCGAGGUUGAAAAGAUUACAACUGCGAAGCGACCCACCCUGAUCCUCAAUGUCGAUGGUCUCAUUGGCGUCGCGAUGGUUGAUUUGCUCCGUCAUUGUGGAGCCUUCACUCGACAGGAGGCCGACGAGUACGUAGCGCUGGGCACCCUUAACGGCCUCUUUGUGCUGGCUCGCAGUAUCGGCUUCAUUGGUAUGUCUAUUUCUCCACAUAUUAUUCAUGCUGAGCUCCUCUGUGGUCUCCAUUGCCCAUUUUGUUGCGAAACCGCGUUUCUUCCGACCUCUGUUCUAUGCUUGCUUCUUCCUAUCCCGAUUUUGACUACUCUGCCACUCUUCGGUCUCCUUUACCCGUUUGCCCCUCCAUUCCCGUCCUCAGGUCAUUACCUGGACCAACGCCGCCUGCAUCAGAGCCUCUAUCGCCACCCCUGGGAUGAUAUCUCCUAUAAGUUGCCGAAGAUGUCUGAUCUGGACGAUGCCUAG